UUUUCAGAUGGCAGAGAGAAUUACUUUAAGAAAAUUUUUGGGUUACAUAAUUCUUUUUGCGUUUAUAUAUUAUGGCAUAUUUCCAAUGAUUUUUGCACGAUACGUACCACCCCCAAACGCAGAAGGGCAAAAAAUUGAACAUGAGCCUCAACAACAUAAUGAAAAUGAAAAUAAAGUUGAACCAGACUAUCCGGAUAGUUUCCAAUUCCCUUACUCCAAAUAUUUGGAACUUGUCGUAAAAAUAUUGGAAUCACAUCCAGUUUUCCAGGAGAAAUUGAAAGGACUGAGUGAGACGGACAUUAAGGAAGGAAAAAUUGCCGAUCAUAUGGAUGAUCUCCCCCAAGAUGUUUUUGAUAAAUUAACAGAAGCAAAAGUUGAAGAAAUUGAAAGAAUUCGAGCAGAUUUGGAAAAACAAAUUGAGAAGGAUGGAGACGCGAGAAAUGUUGUUAUGCCUGAACAUUUGGAUGUUAACGAGUUGAAAAAGUUUGGAAAAGAAGAUUUGAGGAAAUUGAUUAAAAAGACUGUUGCUGAUAUGGAAAAAAUAGAUGAGGAAAGGAAAAAAGAAUUUAAAGAAUAUGAAAUGAAGAAAAAAGCAGAGGAAGACCAUAAAUUAGCCCAAAUGACUCCUGAAGAAAGAAAUAAAGCUGCUAAAGAAAUCGAAGAGGCUAAGAAGCAUCAUAAUGAACACGAAGAAUUAAAACACCCAGGAGGGCGGGAACAACUUGAAGAAGUUUGGGAAGAAAGAGAUCAUAUGGACAAAAACAGCUUUGAUCCAAAAACAUUCUUCGCUUUACAUGAUUUGAAUAGUGAUGGUUUUUUGAAUGAAGAAGAAAUUGAAGCAUUAUUCCAAUUAGAAUUGGAGAAGGUUUAUAAUGAAUCUGAUCCUGCAGAUGAUCCAAGAGAAAAAAUUGAAGAAAUGAAUCGAAUGAGAGAACACGUUGUUGCACAAAUGGAUAAAAAUGGAGAUAGAUUAAUUUCUUUGGAUGAAUUUCUUCAUGACACACAAGUUCAAGCUCCUGAAGGCCAAAAGGAUGAAGGUUGGAAAGAUUUGGGUGAUCAAAAAAUUUAUACAGAUGAGGAAUUGGCACGUUUCGAGAAGGAAUAUGCACAAAAACAGGGUUGGGGUGACCAUGCAUAUGAUCAAGUCGUACCAGAAGUUCAUUCUCCACAAGCAGAUCCACAAUAUGGUCAACUUCCACCACAGCAAGUCCCAGUCCACUCACCAGGCCAAAACCAACAACAAUUUAAUCAAGAAGCGCAAAAUAUCCCAGCACAGCAUCAACAACCGCCGCAAAAAAUUGAUCCAGUCUAUGGAAUUUAAAGUAUAAUUUUGUGAUUUAAAAGAAUUCUAUCUAGUUAUAUUUUAUUUAUUUAUUGUUGGGCUUUUCUUUCAAUUUUACAUUUUUGCCAUUUUUAUAACUCUUUUAACUUGUUUUUUAUGGAUCAUUGAUGGGCAAUAUUUGGGGCUUUUUUUGAUCUAUCUUUCCAUUCAAUGAAUUUUUCAAGCACAAACCUUUUUUGUUUAUCAGCCCUUCCAAACUCCUUCAAUGAAAAAUCACAGGAUCUGUAGAAUAUUUCAUCACAUUUUUUAGAGUUAGAAACAUUUGU